UCCACAAACUCCACCUCAUCACCAAACUUCCCAAAAUCAAAAUCAUCAUCCUCUUCCUUUCUUCUUCCUUACAAGAACACCACAAGAACCCAAAAACAGAAUCAAACAAAAAAACCCAAGAAUUCCCACCAAGAAUCUGAAAAACCCAUCUCCAAAGAUGCUCAAAGCAGUAGGUCUCUUUGGCCGGAAGAAGACAACUCGUCAAUUCAAAGACUUCUACGCAGAAUGGUUCAACACCCUCAAGAACACGCUCCUCCCUUCUCUCCGAAGCUCAAUGUCCGAGUCAGACUCGUCCCUGACUCGGCUCUCGACUCAGAUGGAAGCCCUCCACCUCCACUUCCAGUCCUACUACGACGCCCUCGACCUUGCCGCCCAGAACGACGUUGCUCAGCUCCUCUGCCCCACCUGGCGCAACCCUCUCGAGAAGCCCUUCCUCUUCCUCGGCGACUUCCACCCCUACCUCUUCACCAACCUCCUCCGCUCCUUCCUCACCCAAAACGACACCGACUCCGACAACGAAAACGACGGCGACAGCAUGGUCGUUCAUUGCGCCAGAGACAGAGGAGACAGGGACUCCUUCGACCGGCCUUGGCACAUCGCGACAGCGUGGAGGAGCCCGUCGUACAAUUUGAUGGAGAGGGUCGAGCAGGUGGAGCGCGGGCUGCGGCUGAUGGUGCCGGCGCUUGCGGGGCGUGCGAGGGACGCGCAGGUCGGUUUCUUGGAGCACGUGGCGAGGAAUUGGGCUUUUGGGACCCACAAGCCCGCGGUGGAGGAUGCGAUGGCGGAGCAGAAUGAGGAGAUGGUGGGGGUUUUUGUGGAUGCCAAUAGGUUGAGGAAGAGUGUUCUUGUGGAGAUUAUGGGCGCAACUAACGUUUACCAGGGUGCUCUGUUUCUUGAAGGGUUGGCCCAAUUUCUUGUUGGGUUCAGAGACCCUGAGCUGCUUGCUCAGUUUGAGCUCUGCAAGACGCCUCUCAGCAAGCAGAGUCGGUUGGGGAUUUGAUUGGGUUUUCUACAAUGUUCUUGCAUAUCUUGGCGCCUUUGGAGUAAUUCAAGUUUUGGUUUUGUGAA